AUGGCUUCGAAUUUAGCAAAAAUUAUACGUCUUGAAGAAGAACUAGAACUGGUCAGGAAGGAGAGAGAUAGGUUCCGGGAGGCAUUGGCAGCUGCUGAAAAUGAGGUCGUGAAGAGAAAACUCGACUACUUGGACCUGCAGAACGACUACGAACGCGAAAGGGUUAAGCGUAUCAGACUGGAAUCGCAAGGGCCUGCUGUAAUGCAACACGAGAAGGUGAAGGCGCCUCUUUCUGUCGCGUCGUCGACGUCGACAACUAUUCAGACGUUUUUACGAGAGGAGGAUAGGAAAAUUCCGAAGGUUGUACGGGGGCAAGGGGAUUCAAUAGCAUCGAGUCCGGAAAUUAUCGAAAUUGGACCAGAAGACAUGUAUCCAGACCGUGAAGAAGCUAGCGGCACCCUCGACCAGUCCGCCGCCAGACCUGUUCCAAGUGCGCCCGACGAUUCCGAAUCGAUGUAUAUGCCUUCCCCUCCUCCCUCUCCGCAGAAGCCAGAACAGUCACAACCGACCAUCGAACGCGCCCUGACACCUUCAGCUCGAACAUCGUCACCAAGCCCAGGCCCAUCCAAGUUCCCUGAGGAGGAAGAGGAGAAGAAGAAAGGCACUUUUAAGCUCAGUAAACGUCAAGUCUCCAAGCACCUCGAAGGAGCAAAACGACCGACCAUCUUCCCGCCUCCUGUUCCUGUACGCGUUUCACGGAAGGCCCUUACGGAGAAGUACGGUUUGGCUGGACGAACGCUGCUCUGGAUAUCGAAGGACAAAACGCACAGAUUCCUGCUACCGACCUCUGACCUCAAUCCUGAAGCACCUCGUAAACCCGGAGAGCCAGGCUUGCUUCUCAGCUGUCGAGAGGAAAUGUGCAAGGGCGGUCCGUGGACGCUGUUCAUUCAAGUUCCAGGAGGCAAGCUCGUUCGUUACGACUAUGCUGGCGAAUAUACUUGCCAUGUUGUUGGUGCUAUGACUGCGGACGAAUUUACGGGUCAAGCGUUGAACGUAAAGCUGAAUUGGGGAGAUUCCGUUCUAAAACGACGACGCCAUCUCGUGUAUCGGCAGCUACGAGCCCGGAUAGCGUUACGAAAGCGGUUGGGUGACGAACCCACGCAAGAUCAGAUUCAGCAAGAGACCAAACUUAACAAGGACAAAGCGUACAAAGAUGGCUUGACAAGAGAUGAUGUUCUUGGGGCAUUCGAACGUGGAGAAGAGGGAAUCAGCAUUGUCAGAGUCGAAUGUAGUUCGUACAGCCACGAAAAGGCCCGUGCGUAUGCAGACGCACAGAAGACCUCAGAAGCCGCUGAGUGUCAAGGGCCCGCGCGGAUACGCAAGAAGGGCACGCCAAGGACAGCCCUGCCCUCCAAACACGCUCCUCCAUCUGCUUCUCCUACGCCAACGCGGAGUGCACGAGAGAGGAAGAAGACGUACAAGGUCCUUCAGAUGGAGGAGCAGGAGAGUAGCCCGCUCACGAGCGAAAGUGAACUGGACAAGCGCAUCUCUGAUUGA